AUGAGAAUCGAGGCGACAUCGUGGGAGGUCAAGGCUGCGGCCAAGCAGGCGGGCACAAGGGCCAAAAUUCCACCUUCGUGGAGGCUGAGCGCAGGCGAUCUUCAAAGGGCCAAGAAUCAGCGGGAUCUCACAGGACCCUUUAUUCGCCAGUUGCUGCCAGAGAAUGUCAACAUCAUCACCUCCAAGGAUAGCCUGGAGCUGGUCGAGUCUCUGAGGCGAGGAGACCUGACCGCCGUCGAGGUCACGACGGCCUUCUGCAAGACGGCUGCUGUGGCGCACCAGAUUAACAACUGCCUUCACGAGAUAUUCUUCGACGAGGCCAUUGAGCGCGCAGCCCAUCUUGAUGCACACUUUGUUCAGCACAAAACCGUGGUAGGACCCUUGCAUGGCCUCCCAAUCAGCCUAAAGGACCAAUUUCACGUCAAAGGUGUCGACACGACCAUGGGCUAUGUAGGAUGGAUCGGCAGUAAUUUGGGUGUCACUCACCCAAGCCAGAUACACAAACUCGAAAGCCAAGUUGUCAGCGAGCUGCUGUCUCUAGGUGCUGUAUUGUACUGUAAGACAAGCGUGCCGCAAACUCUUCUGUUUGGCGAGACCAAGAACAACAUCAUCGGCCAGACUCUGAAUCCACGCAACCAAAACUUAUCAUGCGGCGGAUCGUCUGGUGGUGAAGGAGCGCUGCAGGCUCUGAGAGGCAGCACGCUUGGAGUUGGCACCGAUAUUGGUGGCUCGGUCCGCAUUCCCGCCGCCUUCAAUGGAAUAUUCUCUUUGAAGCCAACACCUGAGAGGGUGUCGUAUCGUGAUGCCGCCAACACAAAUCCGGGACAGAACACCUACCGCUCUACUGUUGGCUUUCUCAGCACGUCGUUGGAUGGCCUCGAGCUCAUUUUUCGAGGAAUUUUGUCCACGAAACCGUGGCUGAAUGAUCCUGCUGUUGUGCCAAUGCCUUUUCGCCAGGAUUUUGUUGAUGACUACACCUGCCGCGUGGAGCGCAACGGAUCGGUCAAAAAAUCCAAGCAGCCGCUAAAACUUGGUGUUCUGUGGACAGAUGGCCUUGUCCAGCCUCACCCUCCAGUCACCCGUGGCCUGAACACUCUGGUAGCUGCACUCAAACGAGCAGGCCAUCUGGUAGUCGAUUGGAAUCCACCCUCGCAAAAGACAGGCGGAAGUGUGCAUCAAUCGUUUCUAACAGCCGACGGCGCACACGGCAUCCACGAGCACCUCAACCUCUCUGGGGAACCACUCAUAGCGGAUCUUCAGGAGGAAUUCCAGCUGAAACCACCCAUUGGACUGCUCCAAUACCAGGAAAAUACUCUGGAGGGGCUCUCCUAUGAGGCCAAGUAUUCAGACUACUGGAACCAGACCGCGAGUGAUGACGGUCAAAUUGUGGAUGCCGUCAUCAUGCCUGUUGCUCCCCACGCGGCAGUAAUCCCUGGAAAGUAUUACCACACAGGUGGGAUCGCGUCUCAUAUCAGUCACUCUGAGAAUGAGAGGCUAAUCAUGCAUCUAGGAUAUACCAAGAUUAUCAACGUGUUGAACUACAGCGCAGUUGUAGUUCCCGUGACAAAGGCCGAUAAAAGUAUUGACGCUAUAGACGGUAGUUAUUGCCCCAAAAAUGGGACAGACCAACGCAACUGGGAUGCAUACGAUCCUGAAGUCUACGAUGGAGCCCCGGUCGGGGUUCAGCUAGUUGCUCGAAAGUUUGAGGAGGAAAAGAUAUUGGCCAUUGCAAAAAUAGUGGUUGCUGUCCUUGAGGAGGCAAAAAAUAAUGAGAAAAGAUGA